CGUAAGACAAACCAUCCAACGGUACCGGCGAUGUCGUUGCACAUCACAAGCCAAGACUACCACUGAGCAAGAGUCUUUGUACCUAGAGCUCACAAAGUUAAAGGCCACAUGUGAAUCCCUUCAACACUCGCAAAGGUCAUUGAAUUUCUGAAUUUUUAUGUUUUAAACCUAUAAAGGGUCAUUCCUAUUCAAACAAUACUAAUCAAUGUAAAAAGUAAUAAGUAAUUCUAUAUAUAAACAAAAUUUGCAUCACAGAUGUAUGGGAUUCAUAUCAAUAAAUACAUGGUGAGGGCCGGACAAUUUACCCAGUGAUUCAUGCAGUUGUCUUUUAGGACGAUAAAAAAGUUAAAGGUUCAGGGUUCAAGUCAAUAGUGUGACUAGGAUCACUUUAUUGCAAUCUUAUUUACUUACUCCUAAAAAUACAUGGUAGAUUUAUGUUUUUGUGUCUAGUUAUUAUAAG